AUGCCAGCAACCAUCCAUUUUUUAAACGCAAUAAUUUGUGGGUUUAAGAUUGAUAUUGAUCGUGGACCAGCAAGACAUAAAAGCUUAAACGGAGCUAUCUUAUGUACUGAAAAUGACCAACAUUAUCGACAAUUAUUAAAUCUAUUAACAACAAACAUCAUCACCUCUUUUGAAUGUCCAAAUUGCAAUUCAGAAAUGGCUAAUUUAUCUUCCUCUAACAACGGUAUUCCAUUGUUUGAAACAACACCUGAUAAAAUACGCGCAACACCGGUCUUGAAGAAACCAGUCCUGAUAAAUAAUACCUGUUCGUCGUGUUCAUUCACAGUUGUCGAAAACAACAUUUUAAAAAUACAUUCACAAAUAUUUAAUUCAAUUCCUCAACUUAUUAUUUGUAUUAUUCAACUCUUAGAAGAAAAAACUAUUCAAGAACAAAUAGAAAUUAAUGGCAUAUAUUUCAAAUCGAUGGCAUUACUAUUAAAAGGCAAGUAUAAAGACACAUUAACCGUCGUCGAUGUUUCCAGUAAUCUGUCAUAUCAAUUAUAUGAACAAAAUCCAUAUGAGAACGGGAUGGCAUGUGAAUUAGAUGAUAUAUUAAAUUAUUUUGACAAAAUAUCAGAUAUUAUUGGUCU